AUUCUCGUCUUGUGUGUAAGAUUAUCUGCGCGUACGCACGAUUCUUUUUUGUUCUUUUAUUUUCGCGAUAAAUGAAAUAUUUCUAAGUGUUAGUGUAAAUACUAUGGGACAGUGAAUUAUUUGUUAUUUUCUGGAUUUAAAAUGGCCGAGAAUGAUACCAGUAUUGUUUCAGAGCAGCAAGAAAAACCAGAAAAGCCUUUGACAAAAAGCGAAGAAAAUUAUAACAUAAAAACCAAAGAAACAAAAUCUGAUGCAAAUAUUAAUAUUUUUCUUUUAAUCUGCAUCAUUGGAGUAUCGCUCGGUAUAAUAUUGGAAAUAUUAAACACUCGAAAUAGAAAUAAAAAUGAAUGCGUGAAAUUAUCAUACAAAAAGCCAAAAUACUGGGUUUACUCAGCAUCCAGUGACGUAGAGAGUAAAAAUGGUUUACUAAAACACGUGCAUUUAGUUCUGGAGAGGAGCGGAUACGAGAAAUGCACAAAUAAUACACCAUGGGAUUUGCUAUGGUCCCAUGACUACCCUUUCAGAUCACUCUAUCCGAACCUGCACAAAUUGAGACCCCAUCAAUUGGUAAACCACUACCCGGGAACUGGAUUUAUAACGAACAAAGUCGAUUUGGCCACAACGGAAUCUAAAUUUAUACCGAAGGCGUUCAAACUGCCUAAGAGUAAAGAAAACUUUUUAGAAUACGCCACGAGGAAUAAAAAUUCUCUGUUUCUGGUGAAACACAAUCAACACAGAGGUGUGUUCAUAAGGAACGUGUCUGAAAUAGACUUGUCGAGCGGAGAAAGUUUUGUGCAGGAGUACGUGCAAAAACCUUACCUAGUGGAUGGUCAUAAGUUCGAUAUUGGCGUGUACGUGGUGCUAACAUCAGUGGAUCCACUGAGAGUUUAUUGGUACAAAGGUGAUGUGCUGUUCAGGUACUGCCCGGCGAAGUAUUACCCCUUCGAUCCGAAGAAUCUGGACAAGUAUGUGAUCGGGGAUGACUACCUGCCUACGUGGGAGGUACCCUCUCUGGCACACCCCUACACGGCUCUAGGGUUCGGAAUGAAGAAUGCCUUCGACAUCUACGCUAAAUCCAAGGGUCACAGUCCGGGGAAAAUGUGGGCAGAUGUACAAAGGGCCAUCUCCGAAGUAUUCGUAAUGAAAGAAAAACACAUUAUAGAAGCUCUGAAACAAUACCCUUCCUCGAACAAUUUCUUUGAACUAAUGAGGUUCGAUCUUGUAUUAGAUGAAGAUAUGAGAGUGUACCUUCUCGAAGCCAAUAUGUCUCCUAAUUUGAGCUCCGCGCAUUACCCACCUAAUCAACUGCUCUACGAACAAGUGCUGUACAACCUUUUCUCAAUAACUGGAAUCCGGUCGAGAACUAAUGCGAAUAGCGACCCCAGUAACAGCGACCAAGCGACAGCCAACAUGGUGGCGUCACAUAAAAACAUUGCAGUCUGGGGCCGUGAAUGCAGCACGAUAUGCAAAGACAACUGUCACGCGCUGCCAACCUGCUCACUGUGCAAGCCGUGCCUCACGCCCAAGCUGAGAAGCAGUUUGUUGAAAGCGCACAGGGAGUUUCUGCAUAGAGGAGACUUCGCUAGACUUUUCCCGCCACCUAUGGAACCUAACACUUUGGAUGAAGAAAUAAUAAGAAACUUAACUAGCAUGAACAGAUUACAAUAUUUAUGGUUCCAAGGAAAAUGCAACGAGGAUAUUUUGUGGUGUUCAUGAAAUACUGAAGUCAUUUGUUAAUACUAAUUUAUUAAAAAAAUAACAACUAUCCUUUUUUUCUUAACCAUAAACUAUUUAAGAACCUUGUACCACAGAUUGUAGCAAACCCAGAAUAUAACUCCCUAAAUCCUCAUCUUGAUUGGUCCAUGACACAUAAAUGCUUUUGGUGUUGUCUUCCCCCUCAACCUUGAUUAGUACCGACUCCACAGAUAUGUUGGCUUCAGAGAUAGUUAUUGUCCAACCUUCAAGUUUUUCAGCUAGUAAAGCUUUAAGUUUUUCUGCAGUUUUCACAGCAGAUCCAGUGUCAUCAAAUCUGACUGUACUCGUAAAGCGUAUCACAUGUCUAUUUAUUCCAAUUUCAUCACAAACUUCAUCAAUGUCUAAUAACGACAGUCUAUUAUCCUUGACACAGAGCAUUCCAUUGACCACUCUACGUCUCUUUGGAUCAGGUGGCAAAGCAUUAUAUCGAACAGCUUCAGCCUUGAGGAGUCUCAGUGAUACAUCAACAGGUACUUUAGUAGGAGUGUUUAUAAUGGUUGUCUCACCAUUAGCAGGCAUGUAACAAUUAAUUUUAAACUCUUUCUCAAUUUUGUCCUUCAAAAAUUCCAUUUUUUGAGCUUCACCAUGCACAAGCAGCACAUUUUUUGGCUCACAAUAUUGUAUUAAUUGCAUAAUACCCUUGGCAUCAGCGUGAGCCGAGAAUGACAUGUACUCAACUGCCAUUUUUACUUCCACAACCUGCCUAUUUUCAAAUUCCACCUUCUUUGCACCAUUGAGGAUUUUGUGACCAACAGUGCCUUGAACACAGAAGCCUGGCAUAAUAACCAUAUUCUGUUCAUAAGGUGCCCAUUUCUUGAAUAUGUUUAAAGAUAACCCAGCAUGCAACAUUCCUGGUGUUGCAAAUACAACCAUUGCUCCCGGAUUUUCAAUGUAUGUUUUGUCAAAGGGCUUAAUAUGUUUGAAAUCAAACAUGUUUCUCUGAACAAAUGUCUUCCUAAUCUUCUGAUUGGUCCAAGUUAUGAACAUCUUAUAGUAAUUAUUGGCUUUUUCAGUUAAGCCUAAUGCAAAAUAUACUGGGUAUUUUAAAUUCAUUCUCUCCCAGUAAGUUUCCAGCAAGAUACAAAGUUCUUGUGCCCUCCCUAAUGCAAAAACUGGUAUUAACACCUUACCACCCUUUUCAACACACUCAUGUACCUUCUUCAGAAAAUCUCGUUCACGGCAACGUUUAGAAUCUCUUAUAGUUGUUGCAUAUGUUGACUCUGUUAUUAAAAGGUCUGGUCGACAUUUAUCUAUCCACGCUGCACCCAGAUGCCUGUCUGGAGUCAUAUUAUAAUCUCCAGUGUAUACUACAGACUGUGAUCCUACUCUGAUCCAAAACAUUGCAGCCCCCAAAACAUGACCAGCAUAAUAUGCCUUGAUUUCCAGUUCAUUAUCAACCAUUACUGACUGAUGUAGUGUUACAGCAGUCACUUUUUUAAUGCAAUCCUUUAUCAUUUGUGAAGUAAAAAAGUUUGAUUCACCUUUCCUCUCUACUACAACUUUUCUCAUAUCCUCUAACAAAAUAGGUGCUAUUGCUUUUGUUGGAUGUGUCAUGUAUAUAGGUCCAGUGUAUCCUAUCAUUUCGGACAUAUAUGGUAGGGCACCGCAAUGAUCGAGAUGGAAAUGUGAAAUAAUUACGCAGUCAAUUUGACUUGUAAUUGGGCCCUCUGGUACAAUAUACGUGAAGUCUGGGAAUCGUCUUUCAUCGUUAUAGCCCAUGUGCAUGCCGCAGUCUAACAUUAUAUUUUUGCCACCCAUCGACAAUAAAAUGCAGCUCCGGCCAACAUCUUGACCAGCUCCAAGUGGAGUAAUUUUAAUAUCGGGCAUAUUCAAAAGAUAUCGGAAUACGAAAACGUUCAGAGAUUAUAAAUCUGCACAUUCAAGAUUUACCUUUCAGAAGAAACGUCAAUUGAAUUGUCCAUUCACCAGACAGGCGAAAGUAAUAGUUAAGAUAAAUAAAGUUAACGAAGUGAUUUUUAUGCUUGUAAAAUAUAUGAGAAAAGCAGAAAACGGAAUCAAAUUCUCCUGCUCAUGUUCAUAACGUCAAUAUGUCA